ACUUGAAGUUUUGUUUUGCAAAGACUAACUCCAAACUCUCUAAACAAAAAUGAAAUUCUUGAUUGCUGUCGCCUUUGUGGCCCUUUUCGCCGUUGCCUUCGGUGGCAUCGUUGCUCCCUAUUAUGGUGGUUAUGGUGGCUAUUAUAGCGCCGGUUAUGCUGCCCCAGUUGCCUAUGGUGGUUAUUAUGGUGCUGGCUAUGCUGCACCCGCUGUCUACAGCACCGGUUAUGCCUCCCCCUACUACGGUGGUCUCGGAUACUACGGUGGAUACCUCAAGAAAUAAAUGAUUAUU